AUGUGGCGUCUUCCAGAGAAACUUCUAGUUGUGACUGUUGCAACCGAAGAGACGGAUGGCUUCAAGCGCUUCUUUCGCUCAGCUAAACACCUGAACUACACCGUGAAGGUUCUCGGUGAAGGUGAGAAAUGGAAGUCAGGAGACUACAUGUCGGCUCCAGGAGGAGGCCAGAAAGUACGACUCCUUAAAGCAGCUCUGGAGGAGAUGACGGGCGAGGACCAGAUCCUCCUUUUCAUUGACAGCUAUGAUGUGGUUUUGGCCUCGGGCCCCAAAGAGCUGCUCAAGAAGUUCCAGCAGGCCAGACACAAGGUGGUGUUCUCCUCUGAGAGCCUGAUCUGGCCCGACAGACACCUGGAGGACAAACACCCCCACGUCGCCGGGGGCAACAGGUUCCUGGGCUCUGGAUGUUUCAUUGGCUAUCUUCCCAACAUCAAAGAGAUGGUUUCUGAUUGGAGGGGAGAAGACGACGACGGCGACCAGCUGUUCUUCACCAAGAUCUACAUCGAUCCAGUGAAAAGGAAGUCCAUCAACAUCUCUCUGGACAGCACAUGCAGAAUGUUCCAGAACCUCCACGGAGCCCUGGACGAUGUGGUGCUGAAGUUUGAGGACGGGCGAGUGCGAGCCAGAAACGUUCUGUACGACACGCUGCCGGUGGUCAUCCAUGGGAAUGGACCCACCAAGCUCCAGAUCAACUACCUGGGGAACUACAUCCCCAACACCUGGACCUUCGAGACGGGCUGCACCGCCUGCCACGAGGACCUGCGGCCGCUGGCGGCUCUGAAGGAGAGGGACUACCCCCUGGUGGUCCUCGCCGUGUUCCUCCAGCGGCCCUCCCCCUUCGUCUCCGUGUUCUUUGAACGCCUCGUGAGGAUCCAGUACCCCAAACAUCGGCUGAAGCUCUUCAUCUCCAACCAGGAACCUCACCACCAGGCUCAGGUCAGGUCCUUCCUGGAGGACCAUGGAGACCUCUACCAGGAGGUCCGGCUGGUCGGCCCCGAAGAGGAGCUGGACCACGCUGCCGCCCGGAACCUGGGCUGUGCCGUGUGCCGAGAGGACCCGGACUGUGACUUCCUCCUCAUGCUGGACAUCGAGGUGGUUCUGGAGAACCAGGACAUGCUGCAGGUCCUGAUCCAGCAGAACCUGCCGGUGGUGGCGCCCAUGAUAACUCGUGCAGGUCGUCUCUGGAGUAACUUCUGGGGCGCGCUGAGCGCCGACGGCUACUACGCCCGGGCGGAGGACUACGUGGACAUCGUGCAGGGACGCCGGGUGGGGGUGUGGAACGUCCCGUACGUGUCCAGCGUGUACCUGCUGAAGGCCGGCCUCCUCCGGUCCGAGCUCGGGGCCUACGAGCUGUUCACCUCUGACCUCCUGGACCCGGACAUGGCCUUCUGCCACAGCGUCCGCAGCAAGGACGUCUUCAUGUACGUGACCAACAUGCAGACCUUCGGCCGCAUCCUGUCCACCGAGAACUACCAGACCAGCCACCUGCACAACGACCUGUGGCAGAUCUUUGAGAACCCUGUGGACUGGCAGCAGCGCUACAUCCAUGAGAACUAUUCUCUCAUCAUGAAACACAAACUGAUUGAAACUCCCUGUCCCGAUGUCUACUGGUUCCCCAUCUUCUCGGACGUUGCCUGUGACCACAUCGUGGAGGAGAUGGAGCACUUUGGGAAGUGGUCAGGAGGAAACUCUACGGGAAGCAGCCGCCUGCAUGAGCGCCUGCGGGUC